AUGGCACUCCUGAACCCGACCUUCAUAUUCGGCGUCUUUGUCGUCCUCUAUCUAUCCUCCUUCGUCCUCUUCGCCAUCCUCCGAAUCCUCACCGGCCUCUCCAUCCAGCGCAUCGGCUACUUCUCCCUGCGCCGCCUCGCUUACGUCCCCAAAGAUGGCAUCAAGAUCGAGAUCAGAGGGCUGGGGCUCAACGUCCACAGGCCAACUUUCGCCCAGCCCACAUGGCUCAGCGUCGUCGUCAGUGAGCUCGUCGUCACGGUCGAUCUCGUGGAGCUGGAUCGCAGCAACGCCAACGGGGCCCUUGCCCAGGAUCCGGACGACCCUGCGUCCUACAAGAAAGAUGAGGCUUCCUUGAAAGUCCCCAGGACGCCGCUCGUCCGACGUACCACAACCAGCGUCCAGCGCAGUGAGACAUGGAAGCACCUCACGCGGAUCAAAGAGCGCAUCAAGAGGCUACAUAGGAACGUUAACUGGCUGCGCUUGGUCGACGUGGUAGCCACAAACUCCACGGCCAACGUCCUGGACGUUGGCAACAUCCAAUUUGGGAGCGUCACGGUGGCCGUCGACACCCGGCGGAAGAUGGUGGACCGGGCUCGAUUCUUCUGGGGGCCUAGGUCAGGAAAAGGUCACGGAAAGAACCAGGCCGAAUGGAUCAUGACUGUCCGAAGCGUCCUCUUCACGCCUAUUGGAAGCGAGUCGAUCGAAGUCCUGGAUCAUUCGACAUUGAACGUGCAUGGGUUCCUGUACGAGCAGCUGGACGGUUUGCGAGACGCCUCCAUUGCCGUGAAGUUCGGCCGUGUUCACGUUCCCUUGGACGAGAUUCGCGAAUCGGUCAAGCGCUACCAGAAGCGCAAGCUCGAGACCGCGGCUAGUUCACACGCAGAUGAGCCACUGGAUGAAUAUGUCGACAAAGUUUUCCAGGAGAUUGAAGACCCUGGGAGCACCGAUGAUGAGCUCAUGCAAGCGGUCUCCGAUUCCAAGGAGUUUGUCAGUUCGAUAUUGCGGGGCAUCAAGGAAGUACAGUUCGCUGUCAGCUUCUUCGCGCUGACCAAGAAGGUCGAAGGGGUAAAGACCGCCGGUCCACCAGUGAUCCUGAACGCCUCCAUGAAAGAAGUCGGCAUCGACCUUCAUCGACUGGAUCCGAAGUCACCUGCUCAUAGGAUGUACUUCCCUUCGACGGACAUUGCCCACGAGGCUCUCCUCGCGGCCUUAUCCAUUUCCAUCGGCCUUGAUGACGGACUCGGGAGCCCACAACGGUUGCUAUAUGUGCCAAUGGCGACAACGACAGUCAGGACAACGCUUCCUUCCAAGACAGUUCAGCUCCCCAGCAAUGAUAAUGCAGAGCAGAGGAAUGCCAAUAUCCUGUUUGCGAACUCUGUCGUCACCUCGCCUUCGGUGGACCUGGACCCAAAGCAUCUCCCGCUGCUUCUGGCCAUGCUUCGGUCAAAGCCAAAGAAAGCAAGAACGGCUCCUCAACAACGGCACAUGUUGAUCUCACGCUUACUUCCCAAAGCCACCAUUAAAUUUUCCAUGCAUGAGCCAGUCCUCCGCAUAGCUCUCCCCCCUGUCCAGAAGGACGCAGACCCCGAUGACUUUGAUUUGAUCAUAUCCUCCAUAUCGUCCAUCUCUCUCGAUGCCGAAUCGUUCCAUCCAACUGGGGAAGAGCUGCAUUACUCUUUGGCCUCUAACCUGAGGAUUCAGUCUCACAACUUGUACUACCAGACUUCUGAAGGAGAACGGUUCGACCUCGUGGAAACGGAAUCAUUCGAUCUGAAAGUCAAUCUGAGCGCGUCUCCUGACGUCGCAGUCGUUGCCAAUGGCAACUUGCAGACGUUUUCUAUCAAACUUGUUCGGCCAGAAAUUACGGACGGUUUGCAACAGAUCGUCCAGCAGUUGCGUCUCGAGGCCGAGCCCAAGAAGAAGAUUGCCCCGAAACCUUCCAAGCAUUCAAAUUUCCUGCGAGGAGUACCGCCUUGGCUGCUUCACUUUCAGCUGCAGGCGUCAGACUUCAGCGCUGAGAUUGCUGGUGUUGAUGCAGGUGUCUCCGAGGACUCUAGAGGCGUGUCUCUUUCCCUGGACACGUGGACUGCUGAAUACCGAGCGCAAAGACUUGAAGGACUGCCUAGACGGCCGGCUAGGAAACGGGCCAACAGUCGCGUCAGCGUAUCGCUCGAUCCAGAAAUCCUCAAAAAUCUCCCUCCGUCCCCGAGGAAAAAGCAUCAGCAUCCCGGCGACGGACGUCGGAUAGCUUUCCACGUCCGCGGUCUGGAGGCUUUCGUCGUUGAGUCGGCUGAUCGCUGGGAGGUUGAUCCUUUUCUCAGCAUACCUCGCUUCGAGGUCGCCCUCUCGACCUCGAGUGACCAUCAAGGGCCCGUGUUUCACAUCAACUCACAUGUCAAAACGCUUUUGGUACAGUACUCUCUCUAUCGGCAUUACGCAAUUGGAGUUGCUAUUUCUGUCCUCCGAAAAGCUUUCCUGCGCUCUAGUAAGGACAACGCCGAUUUGGGAGAGCCACAAACACCGCAGAUGCCUACUACACCAACUACACCAAGGCACAGCCUCAGCGCACAAUAUCUAUCGCCUCCCACGCAGGACUACUCCUCCAACGACGAGGAAAACGCACCAGUGGCUGAAUUGAUUUCGGUUGACUUCAAGGCGACUUUCGUGCAAGUUAAAGCAGACAUGCCAGCGGAUCCUCCGCUGAUGCUACACAUACACAAUUUGGAAGCUGGGCGCCAUCGCUGGUCUCCUCCGUUUUUCCAUACGAGACUGAUCAGACUAUACUCCGAGCCUCCAAGAAUGCGCAGAGUCUGGAGCAAACUUGUCAGCAUCAAGAAUGGGCGUCUCGACUACCGAGAGUCACGCCGGAAGCUACCCACAGGCGGUUACCAAGACGAGAAAAUGUUUGACUUCGUUGCCGAUGCUGUCCGCGGUGCUGUUCCCAAUGAGCUCGUUUUCAACAAGGUCUCCGACAACGUCAACAACGUGAUCAAAGCCGUCAAGCAACUCCACCACCGCUUCAAGACAGGCACGGACGAGUACGUUUUGGACAAAGGACCUGAAGGGCCCAAGAACGUGCCAAAAGUAUCGGUCAAAUGCAAGUCGCUGCUUUUUGAGCUAGAGGACGGUGCAUUCGAGUGGAAGCUUGGCAUGAUUUAUCGAGCUGGUCGCAUAGAGCAAAUGCAGAGACUGGCACGCGAGGAAGCCUUCAAGGUCAAAGUCAAGAAAAUUCACGAGGAGGCAAGAAAAGAGACCGGCGUUCGAGCGCGAUCGGCUGCGGGUAGAGGACGCUCAAGCCACUCUGGCACCUCUUGGGUCAGAAGCCAGAGUGCCGACGGUCGUCGGCCAGAAUCGAGCGGCGGCGGUCGUGACAGAGGUCGAGCACCAAGAUACGAUCCAGAAAACGGUUGUGGUAUUAGCGGACAUACCCUGGUUUCUAUCGCGGAUGCCCGAGCGAAAUUGAACGAACACAACUCCAAGAGUUGGAGGUCUCGAAUCGACCGAUUCUACGCCAUGGCACGCAAUGGCAUGAAAGACAUAAGGAGUGCUUUCUGGGGCACGGGCAAUAUUCCCGAUGAUUUCGAGGAUAACGAGAGCAUCUUGGAGAUGCCAGAACGGCCAGCUCUCAUGUCUGCUUUGAUUCACGACCUUCAUUUCAUGAUCGACAAGCCUUCCUUCCCGUUGAAGCAACUUCCGGAAUUCCUCCACAGAGUCGGCAAGGGGAUGCCUCGCGAUAUGAAAUAUUCCUUGCUUGUCCCCAUGAACGUCCAAAUCAACAUGGGAGAAGCAAGAGUGUCACUGAGGGACUACCCACUGCCUCUUCUGCACGUGCCCAGCCUCAAAGCAGGACAGUCCACACGCAUACCUGCUCUGUCAUUGAAGACAGACUUCGUUAUUGCAGAGGAAUUCCGCGGCGUCGAGUCAACGAGGAGCGUCCGAGUGAACGUCAUCCAUCCAUCACCUCCAAACGCUGACGGAACCAAGAAUCCCGGCUUUUUUAUCGAUGUCAGGCGCACCAUCGGGCCGAUCAAGUCGUUUUCCGACAUGUACGUCGACAUCAAUACGGCAUUGCCAACGAGGAUUACCUGGGGCCCAUCGUAUCAGCCCGCCAUCCAAGACAUGAUGAUGGUCAUCGAAUCGUUCACGAAACCGCAAUCGGAUCCAUCCGAACGCGUCGGCUUCUGGGACAAGAUUCGACUCAAUUUCCAUUCCCGCGUACGCAUCGCUUGGAAGGGAGAUGGCGAUGUUCAUUUCUGCCUUAAGGGAGCUAGGGAUCCCUACCAGAUCACUGGGAAUGGUGCUGGCUUCCUCAUGUGCUGGCGAAACGAUGUCAGGUGGAGUAUCCGGGCCGAUGACGACCCCAAACGCUUCAUGACAGUGGACAGUGGUGAAUAUGUCCUCGCCGUGCCUGAUUUCGGACAUUAUGCGCGUGAAGCGGCCCGCCGGACGGCCGACAACGACAGUGUGAUAAGCGAAGACAGCAUGAAGUCUGGCUCUGCCUUCAAGAAGGUGGUCAUGAAACUGUCGGGCAAGGUUCAGUGGAUGGCCGGGCUCGUCUUUGAGCAAGCCAUCGACAAUGGCAGGAGGAACUUCGACUUCAGUCCCCAUUACGAUGUGGUUCUCAAGGCACCUGAAUAUGCCAAGCCGGUCAACGGUGUCCCAUAUGACGCCUUCAAGGGCUUUAGGAGUCAGCACAUCCACUUGUCCAUUGCUGUCAGGGCGCCAGUUGAUCGUGACUGGGCGUCUCCUGAUGUAGAGCCCUCGAGGAGUUACAAUACGGUCCAUCUGACGCCGCGUUUCUUCACCCACUUUUUCGCAUGGUGGACAUUGUUCGGCGGGCCCAUGUCUUUGCCCGUUCGACAAGGUCCACUUUGGCCAGGACGAGAGAAGAGCAGCAAGAAGUUCGGCAGACACCUCGGAACCAUCAAGUUCAACUUGCUGCUCGCUCCAUUGUUUUUGAGUCAUAUCUACAAGCACAAGGACGUGGAAGACUACGACGAGAACGCCGUGUCCGCCACCGGCAUCAAAGUCCGCUUCGACAGCUGGAAACUCGACCUCCACAUGAGACGUGAAGAAUUCAAUACCAGUGACAAAGGACACAAGGCAGGCAGCCGGACUACCGGGAUGAAGAUUCAUGCUGGCCAAUUAGACCUGGCCGCUGCAGAUGUUCGUGCUGUAUCUGCUAGCAUCAAAGGCACCACAACAGAGGCGAUCAGGAAGAACAAUAUUGGCUCCCUCAUAAGUCAGCAGGAAGACGACGGCACGGAUCUGUCGAGAUUCACAAUCCCUGACAAUGACUUCAGCUGGGUAGAUAUGGAUGACUUCGUCGAACUGGAUUGGAUCUUGCCAGCUGAACCAAAUCCGGACACCAAGAUCCUGCCACUUGCUUAUUGUCCCAGACUCACUUACUUCCGACAGACUGACAUUGGUGGUGUCAUAGCCGGAGAUCCAGACAGGACCAGCCCGUUUGGACACGAGCCUACCCAUCUGUGUAUAAUGAGUCAGGAUGACGAUCCUCGCCGCGUGCAGGCUCAGCUUGUUCAACAACGCCUCGAUCAGUUGGCAGACCAAACCAAGAACCACGACCGUGAUGUCGGCGAGGCAGAGCUGAAGGUUGUCAGGGACGGAGACCACGACCCUGAUGCUCGAACACAUCUUGAAGCUCUCCUCAUGCACAGUAACCUCCUCCAUGACAAGAAGGGCUUUCUUGAAAACCUGCUGACCCAGAUGACCACCAAAACUCCGCAAGAUUCACGUGGUGGCCUCUACAACGUCGCCAAUGGCCAGAGUGGCAAAUCAGACACGUCCGUUGGCACGGGUGAACAAACGAUGUCGCUACCCACAGGUGCUGAGUUCGCCAGCGACUUCCUGAAUCGCUUCGUCAUGCAUAAUCUGCAACUCAAGUGGAACAAUCUCCUGCGGAACAUCAUACUUCGCUAUAUUCACCAAGUUAGCCAGCGACGAGGUUUCGUCUACUACCUCUCGCGACCGGCUGUCAAAUUCAUACUGGACAUUGUGGAGGAGCAAACCAAGACCAAGAAUGCAAAUGGACCCAAAGAAGGGAAAUCCGAGUCCACGGCAACACCAAAAUCAAACGGGUCAGCACAGGGCGCGCAAAAUGGCAUUGAAGACAGGAUCAAGCAGAUUCUCCAGGAUGGCCGGAGAUUCGUCAAUGCCAACGAUUCUGACCAGGACUCCGGUGCCGAUAACGUUCCCAACGUGUCAAUGGAGGAUCUCACCAGCGGAAUUGCCGAUGGCUUCACGCCACAGAACAGCUACCAUGUCCGCCUCAUUGCCCCGCAAAUUCAGCUUCAAAGCGAGAAAAACAAGAAGCAUGUUGUCAUGCUAACUAGCAAGGGCAUGGAGUUGAAAGUCGUCGAAGUGUUGGAUAAGGACAGAAUAUCCGAUUCUGUCAGCGGUCUUGUCCAGCGGCGAUUCUUGGUCAACAUGGACAGCACCCAGUUCUUCGUCUCCCACCAGAAAUGGUUCUCGAGCCAACUACUUCCGCUGUACUCUGGUAGCGUUUACGGUGCACCGAGUGGCUCGGCCUGGCCCCCCUGGGUGCCUAUGGAGGUGAUGUCCGACUUCCAAACGGACCCUGUGGGCUUCAAGCGUGUUGUCCAGAAAACAUCCGCUAUGCUCCGCUACGACAAGUACAACACGCUCCGUCUCAAGUAUAACGACGAGGUCAACUCGGGCGAUGCGGCGGACGGCGAGUCGAACGAAGCCACUGAAAAUCGCAUGGACAAUCUUUGGGUCGAAUUUCCCCAGGCGCGAGCCAUUUGCAAUUCUUCGCAAUACUAUGCGAUAUAUGUCAUUGUGUUGGACCUGCUCAUGUACAAUGAGCCUCUUGAGAAGACCCGCAGCGAGCGUCUCGAAAAGAUCAUGUUGGCAUCCGACUUCAGUGAUCUGAGAGGCACACCCGAGAUGGUCACCAAGUUGCAAGAGCGUAUCAGGCAGUUGGAGGACAUCAAAUCGCACUUUCAAAUCCAUUCCAAGUACCUGGACGACCAGGGCUGGCAGGACAGGCUGCUUCUGGAGAGGGACCUUGCAGCUUGCGAAGAUGAAUUGUUCUUCAUGAUGAAGGCUAUCACGACUUCGCAACGAAAGCACGAUACGUCGCAGAGCAAUGCGCUACUUAAGUGGUCCAUCUCGGUGAAGGAUAUCGUGUGGCACCUUAUUCGGGAUGCGAACGAGCCGUUGUGCGAGCUGCAGCUCAGGGAUGUCGAGUAUGACAGGACUGACAAUUCCGAUGGCUCACACAUCAACCUGACCCGUGUGGGCAGUGUACUCGGCCUCAACCUACUGCCCGACGCCAUCUAUCCUGAGAUGGUCGCCCCGUACCUCGAGGAUGCCAAAUCCGCUGCGCUCCUCAACAGCCAGCCCAUGAUCACGGUGUACUGGUAUAUGCUCGAGGCAAUUGCCGGCAUCCCCGUCAUGGAGCACUUCGAGGUCAACCUCUUCCCGCUAAAGGUGCAGCUGGAACGAGAGGUCGGCAAGAAACUGUUCGAGUACAUUUUCCCUGAAAUGGAUGGAGAAAAGUUUGGAGGUGACGGGCAGAAUGCCUCUCCUUUCAUACUGAAGCAGACUUUGCCAGGUGAUGAGGGUGCAGAUGACGAUGACGACUCAAUCCAAGACUACGCGCGGCCUGCCACUGCCGUCUCUGACAUAGACAGGCUCGAUCCUGGAAAUUUCUCGACUCGAGCUGGCUCACUGGAGCUUCGGUUGCGUCCAACGCUGACAUCCGAGGCCAAACGAAGUCCGCCCAAAAGCAACAAGGCGCUCAGCGUCCACUCGGCCGAGUCGGCGCCAUUCAAGCUCUUCGGGUCAAAGAACAAGGGCCUGGCCAGAAAGCGGUCGUGGGACUCUCUUCGAGCCACUCCCAAUCCUACACGACCCGGCAUUGGUAGGACAAAUACGGGCUUCUCGUCCAAGGUUGAGACCAGCUCGGUGAACUCGGAUUCGAAGAAGUCGCGCUUCAACCUCCGCAGGUCAGACAACAAGGAUGAAGCGCCUUCGGACGAUUUGACCAAGAUGAUCAGUCGAGCGUCUAACUACAUGACAUUCGCGUAUAUUAAGCUGCCGUCGGUGGUGCUCUGCCUGAGCUACAAAGGCAAGGGCGACCGCAACAUCGAGGACGUGCACGACUUUGUCUUCCGGCUGCCCACCAUCGAGUACCACAACAAGAUGUGGUCAAAUCUUGACCUCGCUCUAGCCUUCAAGAGCCGAGUGAUGAAGGCCCUGAUCAGCCAUACCGGCGCCAUCAUCGGCAAUAAGUUCAGGCAUCGGCCCAACACGGCGCAACAAUCGAAACUUCGUGAGCUUGCAAACAGCUCGGUCUUGCUAGCAGCCCCGGCGAUAGGUGACAGCCAAAAUAACAGCGGCGACGAUUCAUCAAGUAUAUUCGGGUCAGCAACGGUGGACUUCUCCAGGUCGCCGCCAAGGUCGCUGCACGGCUCAGGGUCCUCGGUUCCCCUGCCGCGAAGUACUAGUCGCAGCUCGAGUGUAGCAUCCAGCAGCAGAUCCCUCAGGAGUGGGCAUCUGAACGUCAACACCGGCAACACCCCAUCGGGCAGUGCCAGCGCCUCGAGCUCUCAGCAGGGCCUUGGACCUGUCGUGCCCAGUUUCUUGAUGAUGACGCCGCCCACGCCUAAGGACAGGACGAACUCCGAGUCAAGCGGCAACAAGCCUUCCGGCUUCGGCGUCAACAUGCUGCGGCCUUCCUCAAGUAGCAGUAUGCGAUCUUUCAACAGCAGUGGGUUCGGAGGUAGCCAGCGCCGUGGAAGCAACAUGAGCAUCCAACAAAGUCCAAACGCCAACUCCCCCGAGUCGGGUAUCGAGAGGCGCCGGACAAUGCUCAGCGCCCUGAACGGCGCCAGUGGUAGGAGUGAGAGCAAUGCAAGCGGAUUCUUCAAGGAAAAGUUUUCGGCGCUCACGUCCAAGCUGAACAAAGACAACAAGACGGAUCGCGAAGGACCACCGGCGUCGCCGUCGACCGCACCUAUCCAAGCCAACAGCGAGGACAAGCGUCGGCCGGCGUCGCGGUGGUCGUCAAGGAGUGCGAGCAUGGCUGUGGACGACGUCAUCGAGGAGGAUGAAGCAGGCUCUGCCCUCGAGAGGGAGAGGAGCAACGUCAUGAAAUUAGAGGGGCUCGUCAACAGGGCGGGGUGGACAACUUUGCUGUACACGCUGUAA